AUGACUUGGUACAGGGUGAAGUGGAGUUCCCUGAAAAAAUCAUCUGAUGAUGUUGAAUUGACCCAUUCAGAUGAAGAAUAUGACAAAGGAGAGCAUAAAGAUCAAGAAAUUGGUGGCCAAUUUCUUGUACACAACCCUAGGAUCCCUUGGAACAGAAUGGAACCACACCUGGUGGAAAAAUACGAAAGCCCGGAACAGUUCAAGCUUUGUCUAACAAAUUAUGCAGUGGCUAAUGGAUACCAAUUGAGAUGUUGGGCGUAUUGGAUGGGAAAUGAACUAACUUGGCAAGUGAAAUCUUUGGAAAAGAAACAUGUUUGUGCACAAAAAUACAGCCUUGGGUCAUUGAUAACUCCAAGUUGGAUUGCUAACCAUUACCUUAGCGACCUAAUUCGCAAUCCCAAAACGAAAGUCAAAGAAAUGAAAGCUGAUUUUUUACAAAGAUAUUCUUUAAAGCUUAGCAAAGUUUUGAGAUCAAACCCAGGAAGUACUGUUGAAAUUGGAGUUGAUGUCAAUCCGGAUGCAAAAUAUUUCAAAAGAAUCUACAUUUGUUUGAAGGCUUUAAAAGAAGGAUGGUUGAAAGGAUGUCGUAAGGUGAUUGAUUUAGAUGGAUGUUUCUUGAAAGGGAAAGUUAAAGGAGAGUUGCUAGCUGCUAUUUGUAGAGACGGAAACAACCAAAUUUACCCUAUUGCAUGGGCGGUUGUAAAUGUAGAAAAUAAAGAUAAUUGGAAGUGGUUCAUUGAAUUACUACAAUCAAAUAUUAAAACAGUUCAAGGAAAUGGACUUACUUUAAUAUCAGAUCAACAUAAGGGUCUUCUUGAAGCCGUAAAGGAGGUGAUGCCACAUGCUGAGCACCGACAAUGUGCCCAUCAUAUUUGUGCCAAUUUUUACAAGCGUUUCAGUGGAGAGAUUUAUAAAACCUUAUUUUGGCAACCUACAAAGUCCAUAAUAAAUCAAGAGUUCAAAAACAGUAUGGAAAAGAUGAAAGAGUUGAACAAUGAUGCAUAUGACGAUCUCAUGAAAAGAAAUCCUAAAACAUGGUGUAGGGCCUAUUUUGAAACAGAUAGGGCAUGUGAGGUUGUAGAAAAUGGAAUGUUUGAGUCUUUUAACUCUUCAAUAAUUGGUGCUAGGGGAAAACCUUUGAUAACUAUGUUAAAAGAGAUUAGACUUCAUGUGAUGGAGAGGAAUUGGAUUGUUAUCCCAAGUGUGUCUCUAUUGGAGGUUAGAAAUGGUUAUGAAGGAUAUAUGGUAGACUUGGAAGCUACAAGUGGUGGUAGAGGCGGAAAAGAACCAAUUGGGGCAAGAGGUAAAAGAGGAUCAUCUGCAGGUACAAGCGGGGGUGGAGGAGGAAGGUCACUUAUUGAUGAAAUCUUUGACUCACCAAUGGAAAAUGAAGUUAUAGACAUGUUUGAUAAUUUUGAGGAAGAACUGCGUAGGGCUAAAAUGGAAAGGAGAGAAGGAGAACCUUUGUUGCAAUUCCUUGAAUCUCAAUUUGAUGAAGGAGUUCCUAUAACUCAAUAUGAUGGAGUGGUCGAAACUCAAUAUGUAGUGCCUGAAACUCAAUUUGAUAUUGAAAAUGAGGAUGGAGUGGAUGAAUUCUAUGGGGAAACCCAUUAG